AUGAUACCAUCGCGUUUUUUCCGUCAACAACAACAACAGCAACAAAAUCAUAAGAAAAAACCGCUUUCGUCUUCAUCAAACGAUGAUGAUGAUGAAACUGAUGAUGAAUCAAAUGAUAAUUCCUUUUAUCAUAAUCCAUAUCAUUCAAGUGGUCAAAUGAAUUAUGCUGAUGUUCCACAACAACAAUAUAUUAAUGAAAAUACUUAUCCAACAUAUCUUGCACAUCAACAAAUAUCCGAAGCGAUGAAUUCAACAUCAAUUGAUGAACAAAUUCAUGCAAAAUUAAUAUCAUUACAACAACGUGGAACACAUUAUUCACCUUAUGUACAUAGACAACAUGAUUAUGCAUAUAGAAAUCAAACAUUACCAAUAUCGCAUCCUGCAAGUCUUUCGAGUAUAAAUAAAGAAAAAGAAGAAAAUUAUGAUCAAGAAAAUACGAAUAAUAUUGUUGAUGAUGAAAUUCCUGUUUAUUAUCCUGGUACAUAUCCAAAUCAGGAUGAAAAUUUUGAUUUUGCAUCUGUUGUUUUAUGGUAUCGAAAUGUAAUGCAAUCUGUCAAAAAAAUUAUGUGA